AUGAGCCGUCCCAUUACCACCACAUCAACCACCCCGUCACCCGCCCGCGUUCCGACAACUCCGAUCCCGGUGACCUUCUCGUCUACCACGCUGGCGCCUCUUCUGGAGGAAACUUCCCCGCUGGCAGCACUGCUGAACGUUAACCCCAUCCAGGCGUCACCGGAAGCCGACAGCAGCUUGGAGUCCCGCAGCGACGAGGAAGCCUUGCUGGACGAAGAAGAAGAGGAACACGACGACGAUGAGCACGAAAUCGAAGACGAAGACGAGUCCGAGGGACGAUCCCAGCAGGAUGACGACUCCGAAGGGCAGGAAGAUCAUCAACAACUACAGGAAGAGGAGGAACCCAUCCCGGAGCAUGACAUCCCGGUCGAACAGAAACUCAAACAGAUCACGCGCGAAAUCGAAGAGAUGACCCACUCCGAUCGGGACGUCGACAACGGACGCCAGAGCUUCCUGUCGCUUUCCGAUCUGAUCAAGAACAUCCGUCCGGCGGAGAAGGUCAUCCCGCAGAUCGAUUCGUCCUACUCGAACACGAUGCGCGUCCUCGGAGAAUCUAUCGCCCAUGGCGAAAGUCGAUCGGUCAAAGUCUGAACGAAAAUCACCUCUCAUCAACCCCCAUGUCAUCGUACCAACAUCCCAUCCACUCACACACAUACACCACACUAACUCAUCCAUAAUCAUUAAGUAGGUUAGCAUCUGCACCACGCGCAUCCACACUCAUACAGAACAUUCAUCAUGAUCAUCAUUCAUCGUAGUAGGCUAUCGUUUAGCGUUAAUCAUCGGAACAAAGCACUCCGCCACUCACUGAAUCACCCCUCGGUUCGGGGUGUUUUGCGUGGGACAACACCUGGGACUUUGCUUUGUCGACUCAUGUACACACGGCGAUAGACGGAUGAAAUUUCCACCCGAAAGCUCAUCCUUCUCUCGUCGAGCCACCCCUCAUAUCGACGACAAUCGAUACGCAGUUGACGAGGGUAAAAGUAGCCACGUGGACUUCCCGAAAACACCGAUCCUUGGAAUGCCUUGGGUGCUCGUUGACCGGGGAGUGCGUUUCUCUCAUUAAUCUCAUUCGGAUUUCUCAUUUCAUCAUCAACAUUCCAUCAAAUUGAGUAAAUCAUUCCCAUCAGUGAAACAUUUCAAACAUGACAAAAUUGUAAGUGAGAGAGGAACAAAUCUGACAAACAGACGGAGCGGGAAGAAGAAGAUAAUUAGUUUUACCAUGUUUAAUUCUUUGACGGGCAAGAAAGGGAAAUGAUUUCUUCCCCCCCCCCUUAAAGAACUCAAGUUUACUAAGUAAAUAAUAAACAAACAAAAAUAAAAUAAAUACAAAAAAGGCGAUCAAUCCAAGAGAAUGAUUAGACUGUACUGAAGUUUAGUUUGUAGGCGAAGAAAGAGAGUUGAAUAAAACUUUGAGAAACCCUUGGGCAGUGAUACGGAGAAGGAACCGUUUUAUGAAAACAGAAAUAAAGAUGUGAAAAAUUUUGUAAAAAAUAAGA